UAUGACUAAAAACUAAACGUAGAAUGCUGAAUGAAAAUAAAGUGUGGCAAAAAUUUAUUAAACUAAAUUUUCAAAUUUAUUUUGUUUUUGUAAUUUAAAUUAAAAUUUAACUUGAUGUUGUAUUAUCAGUUUAUAUUGUGAUGGCGUAUAUAAAUGUCGCUUCAUGGACUCCAGAUCAGGUUACAGAUUGGCUUAAAGGUUUGGAUGACUCUAUGUAUAAUUAUGUUCAUUCGUUUACCAACAAUGAAGUCAACGGACAGAAGCUGCUAAAUAUUCGACCUUACGAAUUAGAACAGCUCGGGAUGGCUUCAAUUGGACAUCAAGAAAUAAUUCUUGAAGCUGUGGAAAACCUUAGAAAUUUUCAUUAUAACUUAGAUAAAGAAAAUCUGCAGUUCCUAGCAUUACAAGUAGCUUCGGCUUCUCAAAAUUUAUUUCGCCAACUAACACAUUACUGUGAUAAAUCUAAAAUUGAGACUCAAAUUCUUAACGAUAUUACGAGAACAAUAGCAACUAUUAAACCUCUAGUAGCGUGGCUAGAACGUGCUCCUUUCAAAGGCCAUGUGCAAUUUAACGAAAUUCGAAAAAAUAUAUUGAGACUUGGUCUGGAAAUGGCAACAAUGGCGCAAAGAGAUAGAUUUGUCGAAAAUCCAGUAGAUCAAAUUCAUGCAACAGCAAAAAAGCUUGCGAAAUUAGCAGAUUAUAUAAUUCAGGAUAUUACAGAUCCAAUGUUGUUGCAACCGGCUGCUUUAAACUUAGUAACAUUAAAAAAGCGGGAGUCAGAGCUUGGUUUUAACUUAGUUCCAAGUUAUCAUGGCAUACACCGGGUUACUGAAAUAAAAUACAAUUCUCCAGCUCACACCUCUGGUAAAAUUGAAGAUGGUGAUGAAAUCGUUCAAAUCAACUAUCAGACAGUAGUAGGCUGGCAAUACAAAACAGUUAUUCUGCAUCUUCGUGAGUCCCCCCCAGAUGUUUUAUUGACACUAAAAAAAAGGCCUAAGCAUACAAAAAUUUAUGGUCAGAUUUAUAUGCAACCGUAUCGAUUACCGAGUAAAAAACGUGCUUUAACAACAAGAUGGGGGGACAAUUUGCCAAGCCCACGAGCAAAUUUUUUAGCAGUGCCCGAUUUCAAUCUUCCAUUUAAAAUAACUGAAAAAAGUGCCACAAAUUCUUCAGAUACAGAUUCAAGCUGUAGUGAUGAUAUUUUAACCCCAACUGAUCCUAAAUCUGCCGAUAAGGAAAUUCGAAUGUAUUAUCCGAAACCGAGGGCUGUUUUGCAAAGGAGAAAUACCAUAUGCGGGGAUGAAUUAUCUUAUUUUAAGAAUGUGACAGUUCCUUUAUGGCAUGAAAGGAAAACUGGUGGAAUCCAAAGUGGAGAUCCAUCAUCACCUAGCUUAAGAGAUAAAUCUGUUUCUUUUGGAUUUGGACUGGAAAUAGCUCCAAGACCAACAACUUGUAUUGGCAUAACCGGAAAUGGCGGUAAAUAUAAUGAACUUGUUGGUCUAAAUAAUUCUCUACCUGAAAUUACAAAAGAAAAAGAUAAGUUAACAAAACAAAAAGAAAACGAAAACGGUUGUGAUAUUAUUAGAAAAACACAAAACUCCAAUAAUGAAGCUAACUCUAAACCUGGUGUUUGUAAGGUUGUGCGUUUUGGCUCAAAUAUGAAAAUUGACGACUAUCCAGUUGAUAACAAAUACAUCUGUAAUGUCGAAAACACAAUUCUAGAAACGUUUGAACCAAUUCCGUAUGCCGAUGAUGAGGACGACAGUAGUCAGGAAGCCGAAACUCCGAAAAUUCCUAUUGAAAUUUCUUCUCGAAUAUUUUCUUUCGAAAAAGAAGCACGUGCGGCUCCAAAUGUUCACAGCGUAAUUACAAACAAUAGGAUUGGUCAAAAUCUUAAAAUAGAACCAGAUUUGUGUCAAGCUAUCAAUACGGCGCUUUUAAACAGACGUGGCAGGCUGGAUAAAUCCCAUAGUACACCCACCUACGAUAAUUCCGGGGAAGAAUCUGACACACCUCCUGCAAUAGAACCAAGAAAAGAGUUUUUAUUAACUACACCCCCAUUACCUCCACCACGGCCGCGAAAGCAAGCCGAGUCUUUACAGGUACCAAUUCCACCGCCAAAACCACAAAAUUUGUCACAGAAUCUUCAAAUUCAAAUGCUACAUUCGGCAACAGCAGUUACACCAUCGAUAAUAACCACAAAUACUAUUCCAAUUAGUACAACUUCACCUCCAGUAAUACCCCCUCAUAGGCCAAUACACAUUUUACAUAAACAAGAAGCUACUGUAUCGCCAACAUCACCAGAACAUUCGGACUUUGAAUUACCAGUUAAAACGAAAGGAUUAACUUUGAAAAAGAAAAAUAGCUUAAUGGCUAAAAGAAGAAAAAUUAAUUUAAAAUUGAUCGGAACUGGCGACAUACAAGGACAUUUAUAUAGAAGAACAAAAGACAAAAGGGGUGUGACUUAUUGGGCUAAACUUUACUUUGUUCUUAUAGAAACAGUUUUGUACGGAUUUCGAACAAAAGAUGCUCUUAAAGCAAAUUGUAUGAUAUUUUUGCCAGGGUUUACCGUUUCUUUAGCUGAAGAAGUGCAUUCUAAACCAUUUGCGUUUAAAGUUUAUCAUGCAGCCAAAACGUUUUAUUUUGCAGCAGAAUCUGCAAUUGCAUUAAACCAGUGGAUGGAUUUUAUAAAAAAAGCAGCUUUAAAAGAAAGUCAACAAACGCAACAACAACAAGGUUAUGAUGACAUAAAUCCUAAGGAACUAUAUUCCGAAACAGACAGUUCAGGAGACGAAAGCUCAGCAACAAAACAACUGUGUACACCUUCACCUAUAACAACACCAACUUCUACACGUGAUAUUUUAAAUAGUCAAUCUAAGUCGAACUGUAAUGAAACACCAACAACGUCAAAGUCAGAUAACAAAUAUUUGGGUUCUUUGAAAAAGUUAACAAAAACGUCAUUAAAUUUUAAACAUAGUUCAAACAUCGGUACUGGAAAUAAUUCUAACGAUAAGAAGAAAUCAAGUGAUAUUCCGGAACCGACGGAGCAAUUUCGAACAUUUCGAAAGAAACCAGGAGGAAGUUUUGGAGUUCAAAUUGGAGCUGGGGUUUCAAUAACCUCAUCGUAUCUAGAUAAUAAUUAUUCCCCUCAGCCGCAGUUAAAUUCUCCUCAUCAAAAUCAAAUACAACAUUUUUUUCCCCCUGAACAAACACCAAGAAAACUUUCAUUAACAAUAUCAACUACUCAAAAUUUAACAAGUAAAGAGGAAAACCGCUGGGAUGAGCCCUCGUCUACACCUGGAACUCCGAAACCUAUUUCAGAGAAUGAUAGUCAAAUACUACCCAAUUGUACGGAUAAGGAGCCAAAAAAAUUGAAGAAGCCUUCUCCACAUAGCUUUAUUCAUGCAUCUAAUCCAAAUUUAAUUGAAUUUGAUCAAAUGUCUAAAACCUUAGAAAUGCCUAAAAUGAACAGCAGUAAUUCUUGGGAUACACAUAACAAUUUACAGGGAUUUCAAGGUUUAACAUUAAAAGAUUUGAUGCUACAAAAGCAAGAGGAGGAGGCUCAAGAUAUGUACAAUAAUCGCGUUCUUUUAGGUGUUGAAAAAAAAGACAAGGCUCAACGUAAUCCAUCUAACAUAAGUAAAUCUUCUUCAAAUUUUGAAAACAACGAACAUGGGAAUAUAAUAAUGGCAACUUUUAAUAAAAGUCGGAUCCAAAUGCGCAGUUUACCUAAAACUCCCGAUUAUGAAAUGAGUUUUAAAUUAGAUGAUGAAGAUAUUAAAAGAACUCGUACUAAAGAAGGUCUAAAACUACGUGAUUUUGGAUACGAAUUAAUACCGGGAGAUGAACCUACAACAUUAAAUGUAAAUGAUAAUAGCAGUAGUAAUAAUGUAAAUGAACAUCAUACCAAAAAACACAAAAUCUUAACGACAUAUCAUGCAACAAAUGUAGGACAUAAUACUGGUUUAACAGUCUCGAAUAAGAAAAAAUAUUCAGUCAGUAAUGCCAGUGAUCACCAUGAAAAAUCAAGUAGGGGUGGAAGUUUUAAAAAACAUAUUGGAAAAUUUGAAGCUUUCAAAUCAUCUAGUGAAAAAAUUUUUCAAUUUAAACAUAAUAGCGACGAUUUGAAAAAUUUAAAAGCUGUAACUUCGUAUACUCCUAUGACCUUACCAUUGAAUAAAAAGUCUUCUCAUUUGUAUAAUAUUCAGGUUCAAGAUCAACAGAAUAAAAUAAAAAAAAGUCAAACCUAUAAUAAUGAAUUUAAGGAAAUCAAAAGAGUUACAGAAGAAAAAUCACACCAUCGUAAAAAUUCUGCUCCAAUGCCAAUUUUAUCGAAAUUUCAAUUUUCCAGUGCCGCUAAAACAACGAAAGAAAAGAAAUUGCUUGGAUCACCAAGGUUGCAUCGCGCGAUAUUUGGUCGAUCAUCAAAUAGAAUCGAACAAGAUUAUGAUCAUGAGAUAUUUUGCCCAAUUACUUUUACCAAAGCACCAUCAAAUCCGCCGAUUGUUGAUAGUGUUGCAAAUAUAACACCAAUAUCUAAUACUGAAAAUCAAGCCAACACUAGUGUAGAAAUAAUAAAUCAACAAAAUUCUACUGUUGCUCCAAUAACUCCAAUACAAAAACAACAGCAACAACCAUCUCAAAUACAAUCUCCUCAACCAUCUGUUCAAACUCCUGAAUACCCAAAUCUGGAAUGCCCGCCCGUAUUUGAACCUGAAACAUAUUCGUUGAGUGAUCCAAAUGCAAGUUUAACCCUAUUACGACGCCGAAAUACUUUUGAAGAAAAUGCUUAAAAAUAAUGUGCAGAAUAAUAAGCAAGGUUACAUUUUGAUUAAUGACUAAAAGCCAAAUUCAAAUAUACUCUGUAAAAUAGUACGACAUUAUUGUUCAUUUUGAUUUGGUGCCAAUUAAGCUCUUUUAAAUUCAUAGAAUACAUUGAGCUUUAAAUCAUAGAACCUUAUAAAUAACAUGCAUACAUAUAUUAUAUUUAAGAAUUGUAUAUAACAGAAUGUAUUCAUAAAUAUAUUUGAAAUAUUAGAAUUAACGAAAUCUUAUGAAAAAAAUUUUUAUGUUUCCCUUAAUUUGUAUAAAAUGUAAAGGAGCAAAUACAAUUUAUAACAAAAAUUUAUUUAAAUUAAAACCUUUGUAUAAAUCACGUAUACAAUAUUAAACUAAUUAUAAACAAUCUUACAAAUAUAAUGG